AUGCAUUACCGGAAGGCGGCUCUCAAGGGAGAUGCCGCUCGUAUCAUAGCCAAUAUGGAGGUCAAUUCGGACAAUUAUGUGAUCGCGUGGAAAUCGAUUUGUGAACGAUUUGACAAUCCUAACCUUCUUCGUAAGCAUCACUUCGCUUCACUUUUCGCAAUUGCUUCAGUGAAGAAAGCAUCCUCAUCACUAUUGUAUGAACUUGUUGAUGAUUUUGAUCAUCAUGUCGGUAUGCUAACGAAAAUGGAUACACCAGCUGAUUUGUGGGAUACAGUGUUAGUCGAAACAUUAAGCAAGCGUCUAGAUCCCGCUACUUUGAGAGAAUGGGAAAAUAGUUGCGAGGAGAACGUACGUCCUACUUACAACCAGUUGGUAGAAUUUAUACGCAAAACAUCUCGCGUUCUACAAUCGGUUAAAUUAUUACAAACACCGAUGCAAACCGUCGAAUCUAAACCCACAAAAUCCAAAUCGAUUUCCACUUACAUAGCAAUUGAGGUUACAGUCAAAUGCCCGCUUUGUAAACAAGCGCAUCCUCUAUUCAAGUGCGAUCAAUUUAUUGGAAUGGAGGUGAAACAACGCUUUGAAAUGGUAAAGAAAAAUGGAUUGUGUCUUAACUGCCUGAAGGGAUCACACGUCGCGAAGAACUGCAGCAGUGGAAGCUGUAGAAGCUGCUCUAGAAAACAUCACACUCUUUUGCAUCUACCGCCACCUACCGUGGUUAACAAUCGACCGUCUCCCAUGGUGCUAGCUUGUUCAACGUCGACCAGUGAAGUAAUUCCCUCAGUGCAAUACCAAGAAACGUCGCAUCCAUCCGUAAUCGAACGGCAAUCGUUUUCUUUACCACCUCCGCGUUCGAUGCCGCCACUCGUCGGGUCUAAGCCGUCCGGUUCGGAAAACACGUACUCGUAUUCGGUCGUCGUUGCUCCCUCCCCGUCGCCGGUUGAGCCGUCCGUUUCGCUAUCGUCCGGCAACCAUCCCGCAUUGGAUUCUCAUCCUGUGGCCUCAAGUGUUGUCCCACAAGGCAGUACCGCCAGCACACGCUGCGAUGAAAUCUUCCUGUCCACAGUGGCGAUAAAGGUGAAGGAUGUCAACAAAAAUUACCACUACGCUCGCGGAGUUCUGGAUAGUUGUUCGCAAGCGAACUUUAUAUCCGAAGCCUUAGCACGAAAGCUGGAACUAAAACGUGAACGAACCAGUACCGAAGUAAGUGGUAUUGGCCAAGGAGUAGUCCAUAUUCGCUCGAAGGUUAUGAUUAAAAUCUCGUCUCGUUUCGGAGGCUUAGACUACGUUCUCGAAUGCCUCGUCAUACCGCAUAUCACCGUAACGCUUCCAAGCAAGCAUAUCGAUAUUUCUGGUUGGAAUAUUCCCCACAACGUCCCGCUCGCAGACCCGAAAUUCAACAUCAGCUCUGGGGUCGACAUUCUAAUCGGAGGUGAAUUAUUCUAUUCGCUAUUGGAAGCACACAAGGUCAAUCUCUCUACCGGCUACCCGAUGCUUCAAAGGACAGCGUUUGGGUACGUUGUUGCAGGUCGUCUAUCCAAUACAUCGCGUAGUCCUUCAAUUUGUGUAAUCAGCAGUACUUCCUGCCUUGAUAGUAAGUUACAACGCUUUUGGGAAGUAGAAAAUUUCGACGGCUAUAAGGCGAUGACUCCGUUGGAAGAAGCAUGUGAAGAGCACUUCCGAAGAAAUGUGACCAGGACAGAGGAUGGUCGUUACAUGGUUCAACUUCCGGUACGGGAGGAAAUGCUUGCAAUGUUGGGCGAUUCGUUUGCGGUGGCACAACGUAGAUUCUGGGCAAUUGAGCGGAAAUUUGAAUUAAACAGCCAAUUUAAGAACGCGUAUGUGAAGUUUAUGGAAGAGUAUGCAACACUAGGCCACAUGGAGUUGAGCCCGCGUGUCGAAAAUCCCCAGUUUGUCCUACCACACCAUGCCAUCUUUCGCCCUGAUAGUUCCACCACAAAAACGCGCGUCGUCUUUGACGCAACCUGUAGAGGCAGUUCCCAGUUGUCGUUAAACGAUAUAUUACUCGUUGGACCGAUCGUUCAGCCGCCUCUGCUCGCUAUCGUCCUCAACUGGAGGAUUCCUCGUUUCGUGUUCAAGGCAGAUGCAGAGAAAAUGUUUCGCCAAGUCUGGAUCCACCCAUUGGACCGAAAGUUUCUACAAGUACUAUGGCGAUCUAGCUCGGUGCAACAAGUCCAGCGAUACCAACUUACCACAGUGACAUACGGGACUUCUUGUGCACCCUUCCUUGCAACUCGAGUGCUAAACCAACUGGCGAAAGACGAAGGGCACAGAUUUCCGCUUGGCGCCAAGAUUGUUCUGGAAGGCUUUUAUAUGGACGACGCGUUAUCUGGAGAAAACGAUUUAUUAACAGCAAUCGAAGCGUGCAAGCAGCUAGCAGAUCUUCUGAAGCUGGCUGGCUUCAAUUUAAGAAAAUGGAGCGCGAACGAUCCACGGAUUCUGGCACACUUGCCAGACGAUAUGCAGGAGUUAUCACCGGAAGCUGAAAUAGACGGUUCUGGAGCAGUGAAGACGCUAGGGCUUUUGUGGUCUCACGGGACUGAUCAAUUUGGCUUCAAAAUCCCCUCUCUUCCUCAGCUGAACAAGGUCACAAAGAGGGUGGUGGCCUCCGAAUUAGCGCAGUUAUUCGACCCGCUGGGACUAGUCGGGUCGGUGGUGAUGAGUGCGAAGAUCAUUAUUCAAAAGCUUUGGGCUAUUCAAAUUCCGUGGGAUGAAGAACUUCCUGAAAAUCUACGUGAUUGGUGGCUUCGUUUUCGGAGCGAAAUUCCGGAAUUAGCGAGACUGAAGAUACCACGACGAGUUCUAGCAAGCACUGACGAAGGUUACGCAUUGCACUGCUUCUGCGACGCCUCGGACAACGGCUACGGCGCGUGCGUUUACGUUGUCUCUUCGGAUGGAGCAGGGUCCAACAUCAGCGAGCUAAUCAUUGCCAAAAGUCGAGUAGCUCCGUUACGUGGACUCACAACGCCUAAAUUGGAGCUAUGCGCUGCUGUAUUGGGCUGUCAGCUGAUGUCGCAGGUGCGAAGCAUAAAGUUUGCCGGAAAGGCAACGUUCUGGUCGUACUCCAGCAUAGUCCUACAUUGGAUCCGAUCACCGCCAAACGUAUGGAAGGUGUUCGUAUCAAACAGAAUAGCAGAAAUCCAAAAACUCUCCCAUGGUGAUUGUUGGCGCCAUGUUCCGACCAAGUUAAACCCAGCCGACCGCAUAUCCCGCGGUGUUUUGCCAGCAGAAAUAUUGAAGGAUCCUCUUUGGUGGCAUGGCCCGGAGUACCUCGUGCAAUCCGUCAGAGAUUGGCCGGAUGACAUCAUCUCGCUUACUCGUGACCAGCAGGAAAUCCGUAAUGAAGAAGCUCGUAAAGUAAUCACUUUCACGACGGCACAAGUUGAUCCCUCGAUUAUCGACCGAUAUUCAGACCUGGGUAAGCUACUGCGAGUAGUUAGUUACUGUUUUCGGUUUUGUAAUAACGCUCGACGUCCGAAAGCAGAUCGCAUUGAGGGCCCUCUACAGCCCCCUGAGGUGGAUCAUUCGCUAAAAUCACUUAUUCGUUUAGUACAAGGAACGGAGUUUCCUGAAGAAAUCCGUCAUUUAUCCACUAAUAAACAACGGUGUUUAACGAGCAAGGAUAAAAAACUACAAUCAUCAUUCAAGACCCUCAAUCCGUUCUUGGAUGAAAUCGGUCUGUUACGGCUCGGAAGUCGCUUAGUCAAGCUGUCGGCAUCAUUUGACACAAGGACACCCAUCUUGCUUCCAGCCAAACAUCAUUUGUCAUGGUUGAUUGCACGUUCGCUCCACCUCAGAACUCUGCAUGGAGGACCUACUCUAUUACUUGCAACUAUACGACAGAGAUUCUGGCCAUUACGCGGACGGGACCUAGUUCGCAAGGUUGUUCGCCAAUGUGUGACUUGUUUCCGCUGCACCCCGAAACCAACGGAACAAUUCAUGGCACCUCUACCAUCGGUGCGAAUAACGCCUGCACGAGUGUUUUCUAAUAGUAUGGACUACUGUGGGCCGUUCGGUGUUCGUCCGUUAAUUGGGAGAGGAGCAAACGUUAAGAUUUACGUCGCCGUGUUCGUCUGUAUGGUGGUGAAGGCGGUACACCUCGAAGUCGUGACCGAUCUGACGUCCGUCGCGUGCAUCAAUGCGGUGAAACGGUUCAUCGCACGUCGCGGUCGCGUUGUAAACUUGUUCUGCGACAAUGCAACCGCCUUUGUCGGUACGGAUCGCGAACUAAAGCAGCUGCGCCAGCAAUAUCUUUAA